AAAAUCUAAAAAUAAUAUUAUAUUAUUAUCUAUCAAUUCUUUCAAUUAUAUUUAUCAUCUUUAAUUAAACCCAUAUUAUUAAAAAUUUGAGGCUUAUAAUUAAAUAGUUUUAUUAAUGUAUGUAGAUUAAUUUUAUUACUAAAAUUAUAUUUUCUAAUAAAUAAAAUUACAAUUUAAGAUAAACAAUAAUAAAUCUGGUUAAAUUUUUCUUACUGAAGAAAAAUUAGUUUUUAUUUAUAAAAAAUUCUCUAUUACAAAUUGAAAUUGGCUAUGCUUUAUAUACUUAGCCAUUUUUACUCAAAACAUUAAAGAAUAAAAAAAUAAAAUAAAAAAAAAUAAAAAUAAAAAAAAUAAAACUAAAACUUUAAUAAAGUAUGAAUAGAUUGAUCCUUUUGAGUAUUAUCAUGCUCAUGCCUCUCUGCUUGGCUCAAGAUAUAAGUGUAGAAAAACUUCUUGCUUAUAAUAAAUGGUCAAGCUAACACCAAAGAGUUUAUCUGAAUGAACAUGAAAAACUAUUUAGACAAAUGGUUUUCUUUGAGAACUUGUAAAAGAUUUAGGAACAUAACAGUGAUUCUAAUAACACCUAUUCUGUCCAUUUAAACUAAUUCUCAGAUAUGACUAAAGAAGAAUUUGCUGAAAAAAUUCUUAUGAAAUCUGAUUUGGUUGACCAUUUAAUGAAAGGAAUCAGUUAAGAGGCAACUCAUAAUGAUACUAAUAAAGAAACUUAGUUGAAUUCAAAAGGCCUUUCUUUAGCUGAUUCAAUAGACUGGAGAACAAAAGGUGCUGUAACAUCGGUUAAGAAUUAAGGUAAUUGUGGUUCAUGCUGGAGUUUCUCUGCAGCUGCAGUAAUGGAGUCAUUUAACUUCAUUAAAAACAAAGCUUUAGUUGAUUUUUCUGAGUAAUAACUUGUUGAUUGUGUCAUCCCUGCAAAUGGUUACAACUCUUAUGGAUGUAGUGGAGGAUGGCCUGCUUCUUGUCUGGAUUAUGCCUCCAAAGUAGGUAUUACUACCCUAGACAAGUAUCCCUAUGUUGCAGUUUAGAAAAAUUGUAAUGUGACUGGUACAAAUAAUGGAUUUAAGCCUAUAAGCUGGAUUUAAAUUCCUAACACUUCUAAUGACUUAAAAAGUGCUUUGAAUUUCUCUCCUGUUUCUGUUGUUGUUGAUGCUUCCACUUGGGGUAGUUAUUAUUCUGGAAUUUUCAACGGAUGUGAUUAAUCUCAUAUUAGUCUUAAUCAUGCUGUCUUAGCUGUUGGCUAUGACUAACAAGGAAACUGGAUUAUUAAAAAUUCUUGGAGCACUUAUUGGGGUGAAAAUGGCUAUAUGAGACUUGCUCCUAACAACACAUGCGGUAUCUUAAGCUAUAAUUAUUAAGUUACUGCUUGAAAAAUCUGGAUAAUCUAUUAUAAUUAAAAUAUAUUAUUCGUAUAAACUAUUAUUUUAUAUAAAAUAGUAAUUCAAAUAUUAAGAUUCGAUUUAUUUUAAAAAUAAAAAUUAAUUUAAAUUAACAUUAAAUUAAUAAAUAUUAAAAAAUAAUAAUUUAUAUUUCAAAAUAGCUUGACAAAAUAUAUUAAAGUAAAUUUAUUUUUAUAAAAAAAGUUCAACAAAAAUUAACUACAAAAUUAAUUAUAGCACUUCCAGGAUUAUAAUUAUUGUGUAGAGCUCGGCAAGAAUAGUUAUCUUGAAAUUACUGAAAUAGUUUAAUUGUUUUUAAGAAUAUUAAUAUU